GUGACCAUAGGCUCAUGCGAUGGAUGGGACAUAGUGACGAUCGAAGGCUUGGGUAAUAGGAAGACCGGUUACCAUACUCUGCAAAAGACGUUGGCUGAAAACAAUGGAACCCAAUGCGGAUACUGCAGCUGUGGCUGGGUGAUGGCCAUGCAUGGAGUCAUGGAGAGCAAAGGAAACUUUACUAUGAAAGAACUCGAAAAUUCUUUCGGUAGCAACAUCUGCCGUUGCACUGGUUACCGUCCUAUCCUAGAAGCUUUUAAGAAGUUCGCUGUGGAUGCUCCAAAAGAAGACAGAAUUACGGACGUUAGUAAAUUAGCUAUUUGCAAUAGUAAAGGAAAAUGUUGUAAAGAUGAAGAAGGCUGGUGCAUGGUUAACGAAGAUGAUGCGCAUAUGAAUAAAGUAAAGUCAAUCCGACUUAAAGAUGGUAAAAACUGGUUUAAAGCUAGAGUUUUACAAGAUAUUUUUGAUAUAUUUGCAAAAGAAGGUACAGAUUCUUAUAUGCUGGUCGGUGGAAAUACUGCAAAAGGCGUCUCUCCCAUAAGUGAAUAUCCUCGAGUAAUGAUUGAUAUAAGUGCAGUCCAUGAGCUGAGAGCUGUGCAAUACGAUCAGAACAUAAUAAUUGGAGCUGCCACGACGUUGACAGAAUUUCAAAACAUUUUGGAAGCUAAGUCAACUGAAAACGCCUUCAGCUAUUUUAAUCAAUUGAUCUAUCAUGUGAAGCUAGUAGCUCACAUUCCUGUACAAAAUAUAGGAACGAUUGCCGGGAAUUUGAUGAUCAAGCAUGCAGACAACAUGUUCCAGUCUGAUAUAUUCCUUCUGUUAGAGACUGUCGGGGCCAUGUUAAAUAUUGUGGACCAGCAGCAAACGAAGUAUACAGUCUCAUUAGUAGACUUCUUGAAGAUGGAUAUGAAAGGAAAAGUAAUUGUGAACGUCAUGUUUCCACCUCUAAGUGAUAGACAUAAAAUCUAUACAUAUAAGUUGAUGUCUAGAGCCCAAAGUGUUCACGCCAUCGUCAACGCAGGUUUCCUUUACGAGUUGGAUCCCACCACGAACGUGGUUCAAAGUGCACGGAUUGUGUAUGGCGCUUUAUCCCCUAACUUCACCAGAGCAAAAGCUACCGAGGCUUAUCUGAUUGGAAAGCCUUUGUUCACCAACGAAACGCUGCAAGGAGCAAUGGGAGUCUUGAAUGGAGAGAUGAUCAUUGUAGAAAAUCCUCCAGAACCAUCUGUAGAAUAUAGACGGUAUCUUGCUUGUGCACUGUUUUAUAAGGGACUUUUGACACUCUCCCCACCCGAGAUGUUACAGCGUCGUCUGAAUUCUGGUGCUGUUAGCUUGCAUGAUGUGAGACCGGUAUCGACUGGGCAGCAGGUCAUACAAACUGAUCCUAAUCUGUGGCCUUAUAAUCAACCUAUUAUGAAGGACGAAGCAAUGAUUCAAUGCGCUGGAGAAGCUAAAUUUACUGAAGAUAUUCCUGCCAUGCCUGGUCAAGUGUAUGGAGCAUUUGUAUUAAGUACUAUCGCUCUGGGAACUAUCGUUAAAAUUGAUGCCAGCGCUGCAUUGAGUACUCCUGGUGUUCUAGCAUUCUACACAGCCAAAGAUAUUCCCGGCCUUAACUCCUACACGCCUAAUGACAUUUCAUUAUACUCCGCCAAUGAAGAAAUUUUAUGCGAUGGUAAUGUCAGAUACUAUAAUCAGCCUAUAGGAAUUGUAGUAGCUGAGACUCACCAAAUAGCGUCCAGAGCAACGCAACUUGUCCAAGUAAAGUACAACAGUGGAGCAAAACCGGUAAUAGAUAUCAAAGAAGCUGUUAAGGAUAGUUCUAGAAGUAGUCUUGUGACGUCAUUUGAAGCCACGAAUCCUGGUACAGAUGUGUACAAAACUAUAUCUGGCAGUAACACGUUAUAUGGACAAUACCAUUUCCCUAUGGAAACAUUAGCUUGCAUCGCGAAACCAACUGAAGAAGGUCUGGAAGUGCACUCGACGACACAAUAUCUUGAUGGUGUACAGACUAUGAUAGCUAGAGCUCUUAAUAUGGAUGCAAGCAGGAUCGACGUGCACGUUCGUCGCCUCGGUGGUGGGUAUGGAUUGAAGUUAUCCCGCGGCUCACAGGCUGCAGUGGCCUGCAGUCUGAUUGUACAAAAGCUGCAACGUCCAUGCCGAUUCGUUUUGCCUUUGUCGACAAUUAUGCAAUCUGUAGGAAAGAGGACACCAUGUAUUUCAAUUUUCGAGGUAGCAGUAAAUCGCGAAGGUCUCAUCCAAAGUCUAGAUUCUAAUCUCUAUGAGGAUAGUGGAUACGUGAUCAACGAAAUGAUGUCAACACUAGGACUCGACGUCUACAACAACUGCUACGACAAAUCUAAGAUUAACUACAAAGUCUACGACACCGUCACGGAUAUGGCCUCUAAUACGUUCUGUAGAUCGCCAGGUACGCUUGAAGCUAUAUCGGCAUUCGAACACAUAAUGGAACAAAUUUCAUAUGAGCUAUCCGUAGAUCCUGCGGAGGUCAGAUUAGCAAAUACCGAUCCAGACCAUUUGACUGAAAUGAAAAAUGUUUUUGAAACUCUCAAGACAAAUGCCGAUUAUGUUUCUCGAAGAGCGGCAGUUAAUUCAUAUAAUACAGAAAAUAGAUGGAAAAAACGAGGUUUGAGGUGGGCUUUCGUUAAGUGGGUGCCGACUGGAGCUCAACAAUUCAACGUCAUCAUGUCUGUCUACCGCGUUGAUGGUACGAUAACGAUAACCCAUGCUGGAGUUGAAAUGGGUCAAGGCAUAAACACCAAAGCCAAACAGAUUGCGGCUCAUCUUCUCAACGUACCUCUUGAUAAAAUUCAAAUUAAAGGCAACAACACUCACGUUGCACCGAACAGUUAUCUAAGUGGAGGAAGUCUUACUACUACAAGUGUUAUGAUUGGCCUGAAGAAAUGUUGCGAACAAUUGAAUGCGCGGUUAGAACCGAUUCGAGCUACUUUAGAAAAUCCAACAUGGGAAGAACUGAUAGCUGCAGCCUCUACUGCGGACGUUGAUCUACAAACUCAUGGAUACGCGGGAUUUAAUGAUGCCCAAUCAUAUCACGUGUAUGGAAUGGCAUUAUGUGAAGUAGAACUUGAUGUUUUGACAAAUGAAUUUGAAAUAUUGAGAGUCGAUUUAUUACAAGAUGUGGGGUUGAGCGUUAGUCCUGAAAUUGAUAUUGGUCAAGUUGAAGGAGGCUUUGUCAUGGGCUUAGGGUACUGGACUUGCGAGAAACUUGUCUACACUGAACAAGGGCAGAUUUUGACAGACAGAACAUGGAACUACCAUCUGCCUUUGGCCAAAGAUAUACCUCAAGACUUCAGAGUGUAUCUGAAGAAGAACUCUUACAGCAAUGAUUUCAUAAUGGGAGCUAAAGGUAGAAAAGAAACAGAUUAUAAAAUCUGCCUGUACUGCACAUUCUUUAGUGUCCUUCAGAUAUUAUCCUCUUCAUUUCUCUUGUUUUGAUCAUUUAUUAAUAGAACCUUUCAUUUUAGGAACUGGGGAGCCACCUAUUUGUGCGGCAGUGGUCAUAGCAUUCGCAAUCCGGGAAGCCAUGGUUGAGGCAAGGAAGGAAAUUGGGAUUCCUUCCACAGAGUGGUUCCCUAUUGAUGGGCCAUAUUCAGGUGAAGCUAUCCACAACGCCAUUAAAACAAA